ACACAAUAGCUCCUCUUUACCCUCUCUCUCUCUCUCUCUCUACCCCUUCGCCAUACCAACUUUUAGAUAGCGGCAGAAAUUCGGGGUAAUGGAAGCUUGAAUCCUCUAUCCAAAGGCGGUGAGGUGUGGGGGUGGGUGAAGAUGCGAUUUUUUUAGGGUUUUUUAUUUUAAUUUUUUUUCUAAUUUGUGCAAGUGGAAAGGGUUUUUGACGCAUAUGGAGAGAGAAAGCUUCAAACUUGGCAUAAAAUAUAAAAGUGGCGUGGGCUAUAAAGCAAAGCAUAUAUCCCAUAUAUGUUCAAGCGUUAAAAACAGAGCAAUAUUUAACAAAAGCUCGAAUACAGAAGAGGGUUCAAGCAGCUUAUUUAUACCAUGCAACAAGGGCCUCGCUCGGAGUAAAGAGGUUGACAAGAAACUGGAAAGAAGUCUACUAAUGUUCAAGAGGUUCGAACAUUCUUGCCACAUAAGCUCGCUCAGCUCAUCAAAAAGACUCUAAGCUCGAGUGGAGUGUUACGUAACUUAAGCAGUUCCAACUUAAGGUGAGCAUUGGUAAAGUAUCGGCAUAUAUUAGGGGCAACUUUAGAUAACUGUCUGAAACCAAUUUUCAUUAGACAUAAGACAUAAGACAUGUUUGUAAUGUCUUGAUUGAACCUCCUUAGUCAGCGAAUUUAAAUUUGAACUUGACCCUAUAUUUUGAUUUCAUCUUCACUCGGAAUCCAAACUUUAUACAAAUGUUCCUCUAACUCCAUUUUUUUUCGUCUUUUCUCCAACAAACUUUUUAGUUUUUGCACUUUGUGUUCAAACCAAGACCUAAUUUUGUGUCGACUAAUAUGGUUAACUAGGUAGGUCGACCUCAGAGCUACUGACUAAUAUGUUGUUACGUAUAUAAAUAAAUAAAAUAAAUGUAUAUAUGAAUGGAUGUUGGUGGUCGACUAAAAUCAACUAUGUAGGUCGACUAAUUUAUCGUUACAUGUUAGAAGUUUAAGAGAUCACAGAUCGAGAGAGAGAGAGAGUGAGGAAACGGCAAUAUAUUCAAAACCAUCUACCAAAGUAUCUUCUUCCAUCUCACCAGAUUUUGUAGGCAUGCAUGAAACUAGUAUAUUUUCGAAAAAAGGAACACUAGAGAACAAAUAGUGACUUAGAGAGUCGUAGACGAGAUAAAGCAUAUAUUAAAAACGAGUAAAUGAAGAAUUAAAAAAAAAAUGGGAUUGCAAAUGAAAAAUUAAACUUACGGUACAUUCGGCUGAAAAGGAAUUGAUUUAGGAAUUUCAUAUCCAAUGCCAUCAUUUUAGUUGUUUUUUGAGCAAUUGUGUGGGAUUUCAAAUCCCUCUGUCCUAAGGAAUUAUUUGAUUUGGGGAAUGAAUUUGAAAGAACGAUUUAGAAUGACUCCAAUUUGGAGAUAUUUGAAAUCCACACAAAUGACCCAAUUUAUAACUAAAACGGACUAGUGUGGAUUUGAAAUUCUUCAUCAGAUCCCUCAAUCCAAACGAGUGCAGGAGAUUUAUUAUUAUGGAUUUGAAAUCCCUUCUCCAAAUCCUAUCAUCCAAAUGAGUCUUAGAAACUUUACUUCAAACAAGAAAAUUGCCUUCCUACUUUAGUUCCAAGUAAUGAAUCACGUCCGUUAGUAGAUUUAUUUCUAUCUUUGGAAGAAUUAUUAGGCCUCAAACAUCACCCGAGGCCGAUGUCAAUAAAAAUUCCGAACACCACAUAUCUCAACGCAUAAACAUCAAUCAAAACCCUGUAUCUACUAAUAUCACCCAUCUAUGCAUAUAAGAAAGCGAAGUUGAAUUUUCCGACCAAACUCCUAUUAUCUUUCUUUCUUUCUUUCUUUUAUGAUAUAUCCCUCCUAUCAGAUUAAAUGACAAAAGACCAGCAGUCAUACAACACUCGUGAAAAAUUAAGAAAUUAUCUUCCCUAAUUGAUAAGUGAUAAUAUUUCAAAUUUCAGUAAUGAUCCCCAUUUAUACAAUAUCAAUCUCGAGUAACCAUCUUUUUUUUUUUUUUUUUUUUUUUUUUUUUUUUUCCAAAAUCGAUUGUUCGUGGUGUGAAUCUGACCUCUGU